ACGUCUGGCCUAAGUAUCUAACCUAGGUUACUUACUUACUUACUUACUACGUCACCUGCCUACCAACCCAAACCUAUCGGCGAUUUCCUAUCCUGGCAGCCAGGCAAAGUUCGGAGGCUACCUACCUACCUACCUACCCACCCAAGGUACCGUAUAUGAUCUCGCGGCUCUCACAGCUCGCGCGCCACCUCUCCGUAGGAUCUCGUUCGGGACUACUAGGUCCUGCUACUGCUGCGAUAUCCAGCUCCAGCUCCAGCUCAUCCGGUGGGAGGGUAUUACCGAGAGCGAUGGCUUCGGCAGAUGAGCGCAACUCGCGGACGAUCCAUACGGCGGCAUGUCUGAUCAUUGGCGAUGAGGUGCUUGGGGGAAAGACAACCGAUACAAACUCGGCCUAUAUGGCUAAGUGGUGUUUUUCUUUAGGCAUAAACUUGAAAAGGGUUGAGGUUGUCGAGGACGAUGAGGCCGAGAUUAUAGAAGCUGUGCAGAGGAUGAGCGAUCGUUAUGACUUUGUUGUGACUAGUGGAGGUAUAGGACCGACGCAUGAUGACAUUACUUACCAAUCUAUUGCCAAAGCCUUCGGGUUAAAGCUAAUUUUACACCAAGAGGCUUACGAGCGCAUGAAGAAGCUGACCAAGCCUCACCACUCUCACCCCAACUUUAGCUGGGAUGUGGAGUCGCCGGCCAAGACAGCCCGGCUCCGCAUGGUCCAACUACCUACGGACGAAUCUCGGGACCUUGCUAAGCAGGCCCUGUUUCCUCGAGAUACCCUCUGGGUUCCUAUAUGUGUAGUAAAUGGGAACGUCCAUAUUCUCCCAGGUGUACCGAGGUUGUUUGAAAGCCUUCUUGAAGGCCUCAAGCCGUUCAUAAUUGAAAGAUUGGUAGACCCGGAGGGGAAAGGCAUCCACAGAGUGAUUAUCUCAACUCCGAUGUCCGAGAGCUCCGUUGCUAGCUACCUCACUGAACUGGCGGCCAAAGUUGAGCCGAAAGGAGUCAAAGUUGGAAGCUACCCAAGAUGGGGAAAGAAAAACAACUCCGUCACGCUUGUCGGAAGGGACAUAGAGUAUAUUGAAAGCAUUGCGCCGGAGGUUAUCGAAAACGUCCGAGGGAAGCGAGUGAAUUCGGAGGAUGAGGAAGAUUAACUGUAGGCAGUGGCUUGGGUAGGUUGUUUUCGAUACUGAUGUGGCUGAUAUGCCUAAUAUUGGCGAUAUUUCAAUUACUCGGUAUGGAGAAUAGUUACCAGCUACAAAGGCUGAAAGGUCGGCCGAUUGUUUCGUAACCCCUCCCCACGUUUUGUGUAUAUCAAUGGAGAAGGUGUCAAUGAGAUCGUCGGUGAUCGUGCAGCUGAUUCGGUAGCUCCGUUAAAAGUCCUUUCUUUAGAUUAGCAUGUGGUCAACGUAGAUUUGUAGGUGUGAGUUGCCAGGCGGUAGGCAGGUAUGCAGCAGGUAUGUAAGUUGUGCAUUCUUUAUUCGUUAAAUAAUGGUUAGUGUAUGUGAAGUUACGGGACCAUAUGUGGAUUCUAAUGGAGUUUACCUGGUUCAAAGUUGUUAGGAUACCUGGGCAGUUUCAAAGAGUGAACUUCGUCAUUAGCUAAUGAUCUGUAAACGCGUAUGAGAUUAGGGAUCGCGUAUG